AUGCUCUCAGCAUCACCGCCCAGGCUGGCCCGCUUGGGUCGAUUAGCCAAAUUGGCGCCCUUUCUCCACGAAAGCACCACUUGGAAGUACAUCCAGGGCUUUCGCGGGGUGCGCAUGAUGAAUUUGUGCGUUGGACUCAUGUGGGUCGUCCAUUUGAUGGCCUGUGGUUGGUACCUGUGCGCUGCUUUGCAUGAAAACCCGGAGGACACGUGGGUGGCACGGCGAAGUGUCUCCAACGCGGACGGAGACAUCCUUUGGGGCAAGUCCCAAAAACGUGGCCACGUGGCUUCCACUCAGAUCCUGACCAUCUUCACCACGGUGGGCUUUGGCGACAUGAGCGCCUACACCACCGGGGAGACCCUGUACGCCGACUGGACCAUGAUCGUGGGCACCGUGACGACCUCAGAGAUGACGACGAAAAAAAUCCGGCUUUCACAGGUGGUGAACAGCAUCAUCAUGUCCGAGGUGAUCACCACCCUGACAGGAGUCGACAGGGCACAGGCGGAGCUCAACAAGCGUUAUGGCCUCAUCAAGGAGUUUGCGGACCACGCGCGGCUCAGCGUCAAAACGACCACGGCCUUCGAAAAAGCCGUCCAGCGUGCCUCGCAUGCCGGUGAAGUGCGGGUGGACGCAUCCCAGUUGAAGUCCUUCUUUGCCACGGACACGCUGCCGCGGGAACUCAUGUUGGAGCUCACCAAGGACGUCUUCCAAGGCAAGUUGCUACGGAAUGAGAUGCUGGUGUGGGUGGAGCGACACGGUAUACCACUCCCAGCAAGACUUCCCUUGAUGCUGGCAGCAGUGAUGCAUCCGAAGACCUUUCAAUUUCAGGAGGUUCUCUAUCAGAAUGCGGACCAACCAGUUCACAUCUACUUGGUCAUGCGUGGUACCUUAGCCUUCGUGGGUGUGCCCCAUGUGGAGGGUGGCCUGCCGCCCUUCACGGUUUCGGAGGUGCAAUCUGCUCUCCACAUCGGCGCCAAACGUCGCACCUCCAACGCUGGUAUACCUGUGGAGCCGAGCGAGAGCGAGGCAGUGCCAGGGAUGUCUCCCAACCGUGGGUUUUUUGGGUGGUCUCUGGUAAUCAAUGGUGGUUUGCCAUGGGUCAUUAAAUGUCCCCAUUGA